AACAACGGCGAGGCGGUACUCCGCACGGCCAAUCGGCUGUACGCGCACGCCGGCCUGGGGCUGAAGGAGUCCUUCAGGAGCACGGCCACCGGCAGCUUCCGCGCGGGCGCCGAGGAGCUAGACUUCGUCAACGCCACCGACGCCUCGCGGCGCGCCAUCAACACGUGGGUGGAGCAGAACACGGCGGGCAAGAUCAAGGACCUCUUCGAGGAAGGUGCUACCUGGCCAUACAUUGCCAAUCCCCACCUCCCGCCACGUGCAAUCACUGAAUUGGCUCGAUUGUUGCUCGUCAACGCAAUGUACUUUAAAGCGGGUUGGGAGAACCCGUUCCUAAAAUCGGAAACAAACCAUUCAGCUUUCCACGUGUCUCCGACCUUCCGAGUGUAUGUCCCCACCAUGCACGGAACCUUCGAACUCGUCUACGGGGAGUUGCCGGAAGUCAACGCGAUAGCUGUGAGACUGCCUUUUGCGCCAGAAGAGGCCGGCAUGAGUAUGGUCACUUUGCUGCCAAAUAAUGUGGAUGGCCUGCAACGGCUGGAGGGUGGUUUGGAUCAAUUAAACAUCAACAGGCUUACUCCACAUUACAGAAAAGUCAUUUUGUCUAUCCCUAAGAUACGAAUUGAAUCAAAAUCAUAUAAUCGCGCACCGCUCGCUGCGCUUGGAGAGUCCACUCCAACGCCCACGCCCGCGCCCCCGACCCCGCCCGCGUCAGAGGUCGCGAGGCAAGCAGUGACCGCUGCAGCCAACGCCUUUUCCCUGCGCCUCUACCAGGCGGUGAAAGCAAAUGCGAGCAACGUGGUGAUCUCCCCGCUGAGCGCUGCAGUGCUGCUGGCGCUCACCCGCCACGGAGCCGCAGGCGCCACUGAGCAGCAGAUCGCCUCCGCCCUGCAGCUGAGCACCGACCGCGAGACCACGGCCUCUGGCUACGGGGCGCUUCUCGACUCGCUGCAGAACAACGGCGAGGCGGUACUCCGCACGGCCAAUCGGCUGUACGCGCACGCCGGCCUGGGGCUGAAGGAGUCCUUCAGGAGCACGGCCACCGGCAGCUUCCGCGCGGGCGCCGAGGAGCUCGACUUCGUCAACGCCACCGACGCCUCGCGGCGCGCCAUCAACACGUGGGUGGAGCAGAACACGGCGGGCAAGAUCAAGGACCUCUUCGAGGAAGGCGCAAUCACUCAAUUGACGCGAUUGGUGCUUGUGAACGCAAUAUACUUCAAAGCCGGUUGGUGGAAGCCUUUCGAUGUAUCCGAAACGAACUCUUCAGUUUUCCACGUGACUCCGACCUCGCAAGUGAAUGUUCCCACCAUGCACGGUACUUUCCAGCUCGACUUCGGGGAGCUGCCUGCAGUCGACGCCAAAGCUGUGAGACUGCCUUACAAAGCAGGAGACGCCCAGAUGAGUAUGGUCAUUUUGCUGCCCAACACUGUGGACGGCCUAGAGCGGCUGGAAGCUGGGUUGGAUCAAUUAGACUUGAAUAACCUUACUCCAGGCUUCGGAGAGGUCAUUUUGUCUCUCCCUAAAAUACGAAUUGAAUCAAAAUACAAUCUGAAGGAAAAAUUGAAAGAGCUGGGAAUCACGGAGCUGUUCAACCCAAGCGCAGAUCUUAGUGGCAUCUCCGAACAUAACCUUUAUGUGGACGAAGUCGUACAGAAGACCUUCAUCGGCGUCGACGAACGGGGCACGGAGGCGGCAGUGGCCACAGGUAUAAACUGGUUUAUUGGGAUGAUAUAUCCAAGAGUAGACUUCAGAGCUGAUCAUCCUUUCCUGUUUAUGAUAAAGAAAGAAAACACAAUACUCUUCCUGGGUCGUGUGGUUAACCCCAGAAGUUAGUGGUUUUAAUGACAAUGUAGAAGUAAUGAGUAACUAAUGAAGUGAAUGACGUAAAAUAAAUUUACAUUUUAGAAUUCUGAC